AUGGUGGCAGCCCACUACAACCCGUUCCUGUUGGCAGCAGCUUUCUUUUUUCCAUUUUCACGUAUAAUUCAGGGCCUCAGAUCUCAGCCAAGUGAGCAUGUGAAAUUGUUAAUCAAACGUCAUAACGUUGGCGAAGGACACCGAACACCUAACAAUACUCGACAAGAUUGGUCCUCCUGCUAUUCACAUGACGCGAUGACCCUCCACUGGUGGAUGCAUUGGUUUUGGGUUACUCUAUCAAUCACUGCUGUUACGGGGAUUCCCUUACCCUCUACGUCAGCUGAACUUGGGCCGACAUUGAUACUGACAGAAAGAUUUCUGCAGACAACUCCUCGGCAUUCCACUUCCCCUUCCCCUUUGUCUUCCUUGCCUUCUGCGUCUCCUAAAAACCAAAAUCUUCGCACUGUCAAAGCGAUUGAAAAUCCUUUACCACCCUCAUCGACGGUGCAGAGUAGUACUUCUGCUGCGGUAACUGAGAAGUCUGAGGUUUCACCGAAGAAUUGGAACACCACGAGAGAUGAUAAGAAGGAUGAAAUAUCAGUAUUAACUGAUUCCGGGCCCCAGGAUUCCAAUGAUACACGACCUGCCUUAUAUAUUGAUCACGCAAAUAGAUCUUCUGUUAACAGAGCUUCAUCUGUAAUAAAAAAGGACAGCAAAGUGACAUGGAUAUUAGCAGCUAAUAAAACUGCGAGAACGAUAAAAAUCAUUGAUGGAAAGUCGAACGGAGAACGUGAGGGGCUUAAGAUGAGCAAAAAUUCUUCAGAGGUAGAAGUUGAGAAGGUCAGUGAGGCAGACCUCGCUGUAUUACCACUGAACGAGGCUGUCUUACCAACUAGGCUUAAGCUGGUCUUGAACAGAACUAAAUUUAUUCCUUCCACUAAUGUAAAUGAGAAAUUGAAUGGCAAGGUUGAGGAAGUAGAACCUCUGAAGCAAGAAUUUGCUGAAACAAGGCUCGAGGCUACCGCAGCAUCCAUCCUGCAAGAAAUAAGCGAAUCUCCGAGAUUAAGUCGGGCAAGAAGCGCCUUUGCCGGAGACUAUCAAGAAGAUCAGGGUAAGCAGCAAGAACAACGGAGGCAGGAAAAACCGCCAGAAAACUUUGGAAACGUGACUAACUCUGCCGUUGACAUAGCUGCUGUCACUGGCAGCUGUUUGGCAACUCUAAUUUUAAUCGGAACAAUGGCAAGCUUUGGAUUUGUUAUGUACAGGAGGCGAUAUUUGAAUCCACCACAAACGCUGAACAGUGACAAAUGCAGUAAUCCGGACAGCUCGGGGUACAUCGAUGACUCAACGAUUCGGGAUAAUUCGGAGGAGAUGUACAGCUUGGAUAACGACUCCUUCCUCAAUUCUCUCGAGGCUAUGACCAUACAGAAUUACUGGACUGACAGCGUAAAACAUACAAAGUUGUGAGCUUGUUCAGCCCGAGCAAACUAGGAACAGAAAAUCCGUCCUGCGCACUCGGAUAAUUUAUUUAAAGAUUGGUUUUGUUGGAGAUCUCGAUACAUUCCGAUACGGCACACUUAUUAGCUAUUCGAUGGUCAGAUUUAUUGCCUAUUCGUUCGCAGGACUUUAUUGCUGAAGUUUUAUAACUGUCAAUGAAAGAGCGUGCCCAGUUGAGCUGUGAAACUGUCAAGUAUUAAAAAUAAUCGUGCAAUAGAACGCGACGUGUUCUUGAGUGUAAGUAGUUUUAUGUAAGGUAACUUUAGGUUUUAAAAAUAUACGUAUGUGCGUGGCAAAUUCAAAUUUAGUAGAUCAUAUGUUGGCUGGGUGUUAAUAUUAUUGAAAUAGCUUGAAAUGACAAGUACAAAUAAAACUCGUAGGGCUCAGUCCAGAGCGUAUUUUGUAACGAAUGACUGUGAACCAGCAGGUAUGGACAUUCCAAAUUUCCAAGUAUGUGAAUUAACAGAUGUACAUAAAACAAUAUUGUCUGAGGUGAUGAAAUUUUUAACUGCAAAAAAAGCUCCGCUGCAUAUUUCAUACACUAGUAUAGUAUUAGAAUUAGUAUUAGCAUGACGGAUUCGUAGAUCGAUUGGUCGGCUACCAUUAAAUUAAUUUGCAAGAUACAGUUAGUCAGAAAGGAUUUUAACUAAUUAACAAAACAUCGGACCAAUAUAAUAGAUACAUAGGUGAGCUAUCGAUAAACUACUAGCCUUUACAUGAUCGACAUAUCCAGGUAAUAGUUAUACUCGUAAAUAUAGCGGUUUAGAGAUGUAAAAUAUUGGGAAUUGUCACGGUUAUCAAUCUUUGGAAUAUGGAUACGUGAUAACGAGAUGGAUAAAUAUGUCCGUUGGAAAAUCUGAGCCGAUAAUAAAAAUAUUUAAUUUUAAUUCCAACAACAGAAAAGUAAAACUUUCAUAUUUUACGGGUGAUCGAAAUCACUGCUAAAAUUCAUCAUAAUUAUCCCUAAAAUUAUAUUUCUAUAUGAUAAACUCUGAAAAUCAAUUGUGAUAGAUACAAUUAACUAACUUUUCAUCGUUAACGGUAGUUUGUAGGGUAGACCAGGACUUAAAUUAGCUACCCACACACCCACCUACUUAAUUACUUUUAUCUUAUACACUGACGUUAUUAUCCGCACUACACAUAGUUCGUCGUAUCGUUGUUACUAUUUAAUUCGUAAGGUUGUGAAUAUUAGAGGCAUACGUCGUUGAUAUUGCUUAGUCGUAAAUAAAAUUAAUUAUCAAGAAUAAUCGAGGUGAAACUAAAUAAAAAGUCGAUGACACGAAUUCAUCAUUAAAUGCUUCUUUGCACUUCGGUAAAGGAUAUAAUUAUUAUUACAGAUUAUUGUAACAUCAGGUGGCUAGUUCGUAUGGUAUAGUCGAGUUAUUAUACUGUUUAUACUAUAAUAUUUCACUUAUUAUAUCGUGUAAAUACCUGUAAGACAAGGGAGAUAUGGAAAAAUCUUCAUGACCUUAUCACGUCGGGCGAGCAGCAAUAAAUUUCGGUUAUCGUUAUACCAACCGCAACUAUGAUGCAACGCGAAGGAAUUAAAUAAUGUAUACAAAAACCGCGCAGUAUGCGGUAUUUGAAUCGUAAUAAAUUAUUUUAUCGUUCACAAA